CCUCCCCGCCACAACAACACACACAUCGCUCACUGUAAUGGAAGUUGUAUUUGAAGGACAUACACUUGCCGAGAUGCAGGGAAGCUGCUCGAGAAAAACAAUGAUGGGGAACUCAUAACCAGCAUAUUUGAAUAUUAUUAAUUUAACGAAGGGGUUCUUUGUACGUUACGACACCGACCUUAGCCCUGCUAGCUAACAGUCGUCAAACUGGAGCGUGCUGAAGACCGUAAGGACAGUUCGUCCCCGAUACACUAACAGUGGGGGUCUGCAAAGGACAGGAAAAAUGAAGUUCGCUCAGUUUUUGCUGAAAAAUGGCGCUGGUAUACCGAAACAAGUGGAGAGGUUUGCUAAGUUUUCCCCCUCUCCCUUGUCUAUGAAGCAAUUCAUUGACUUUGGCUCUGCCAAUGCAUGUGAGAAGACCUCUUUUGUGUUCCUUCGGCAGGAGCUUCCUGUCAGACUGGCCAAUAUCAUGAAGGAAAUUGAUUUCCUCCCUGACAAGCUCCUUGGCACUCCUUCCCUAAAGCUCCUCAUCAGCUGGUAUUCACAGAGUUUGCUGGAGAUUGUAGAUUUUUUAGAAAAGGAUCCAGAUGAUAAGGAUGUCCUGACAAACUUCACACAGACUCUGGUAAACGUCCGUAAUCGGCACAACAACGUGGUGCCCACCAUGGCUCAGGGUGUGGUGGAGUACAAGGAGGCCUUUGGCGUGGACCCCGUCACCAACCAGAAUGUUCAGUACUUCCUGGAUCGCUUCUACAUGAGCCGCAUUUCCACACGCAUGCUCAUGAACCAGCACACAUUAAUCUUUGAAGGCAGUGUGAACCCAGCCCAUCCCAAACAUAUUGGCAGCAUUGACCCCAGCUGUGACGUUGUGGAGGUAGUAAAAGAUGCCUAUGAGACUUCAAAGAUGCUGUGUGAGCAGUAUUACCUGACCUCUCCUGAUAUGGAGAUCACAGAGGUCAAUUCCAAAAACCACAACCAGCCCCUCCACAUUGUCUAUGUGCCAUCCCAUCUCUACCAUAUGCUGUUUGAGCUUUUCAAGAAUGCCAUGAGAGCUACAGUGGAGACCCAUGAGACGGCCCUAACGUUACCCCCAAUCAAAGUGCGAGUGUCACUGGGAACUGAGGACCUCACUAUCAAGAUGUCUGACAGAGGAGGAGGAGUCCCUCUGAGGAAGAUUGAACGUCUGUUCAGCUACAUGUACUCCACAGCUCCAAGUCCAGUCCACAUAGACAACUCUCGCAACGCACCACUGGCUGGUUUUGGCUACGGCCUGCCCAUCUCCCGUCUGUAUGCCAAGUACUUCCAGGGAGACCUGCAGCUCUACUCUAUGGAGGGCUACGGCACCUCAGCUGUCAUAUACUUGAAGGCCUUGUCUUCAGAGUCAGUGGAGAGACUUCCUGUUUUCAACAAGUCAGCCUUACGGCAUUACCAGACGAGCAUAGAGGCUGACGACUGGUGCAUGCCCAGCAAGGAACCAAAGAAACUGGGCAAUUCCAAGAGGACUCUGUAAUGGUGGACUGAACGAGGAAGCGGAGGACACUCUAGAAUAGUGUCAAUAGAAUAAUAUAAAAAAGGGUCCAUGUUGGAAAAAAUGGAUAAACUUGUACUGUAAGUGGGAGAAGGAACCAAAUGCUUUCGGCAUGCUGCUGGACCUGUACGUGGAAUGUAGAUUCACCUUCUCACAGAGAGAAACUCUUAGAUGGAGAAAAACUGCUCAUUAUUGGUGUCAAUAACCAGAUGAACACACCAAAAUAACUGAGCUGAACUAUUACUACCAGCCUCCAGGCAAUUAAACAAUUUAAUUUCAUUAUACUAUACGGCGAUUGCAGGCUGCUAAUGGCAAUGGAACAAGUCAAGUAUUAAUCCCCUUUUACCUCACUCAUUACAUUCACUUUUCAGUUAUAAUAACAUGGUUACACUUGUGUUUGUUAGUUGUUUUUUUUAAUUCAAAAUGUAUCAUUUCACAAUCUAAAGGCUAGCAAAUGGUAUUUGGUUAUUUCAAUCGCUGGGUAAAGUUGUGUUUUUGCAUGAGGUUAAAUGCGUAUCAAUGCCUUGGAAAAACCCAGCUAAAGCCAGCUGCAGCGGGGUGACUUUAAGUUAAACAGAUUGGGAACAUGUUUAACCACUCCAGCAUAAACACAAAGUUAGCAAAGUCUGUUCCCACAAUUAUGUUCAUGUAGGCAUUUCAGUCCUUUAAAACUUCAGGCAUUGCUUUUCUCACACACACACACACACACACACACACACACACACACACACACACUAGAGGAUGGAUACCCAAAGCGAGCCCGUGGGGACCUGGCGGUACCCAAUGGGCCGGGCGGGUUCGGACAGAUAUUUAGAAAUGAUGUUUGUGUUCGGGUUGGGCUCGGUCACAUCAGCGCGAUAAGGCAUUGAGCAUUUUAAAUUUUAAUUAGAUUUGAACUGUGUCGGGCUCAGACGUAAAUAUCUUAAUGCCUGUCAGACGAGGGCCGGGCUCGGACAGAAAAAUGCGGCCCGAUCCGCGCUCUAACACACACGCACACACACACACACACACACACAACUUCUGCAUUUCGUUGCAGUUCAGUUCUCAUACAACUACAGCAUUUCAGAUGCACUAUAAGAUGAAUUUACACUGCAUGGUUUGUGUAAAAUAGCAUCAAUGUAAAUCUAUUGUUCCAUUUUUAGUCUUUUAGCUUCUUCAAUAUGAGAUGUAAACAUGCUUGAUGGAGUUCCAUAGAGCAAAAUGAGAAUGUGCCUUUCUGGAGAGGUGGAGUUGUUAAAACAGCAUUGCAACAUAUUUGAAGUUAUUAUGUAUGGUUGAACUGUGAUUACUUGUAUUUUAAUAAGUUAACCUUUACAAUAAUUUCCCUCUGUUGAAACUGGUGAAAAGUUAAUUGCAGUAAGUAACUAAAAUACAAACUUUUUCCAAGAAAGUUUUUCAGUGUUUUCAAAGAGUAACUGUCUAGAACUGCACACAGUCCUUUGAUAAUAUCACCCUACGUGUUUUUGCAUGUGUGUAUAUUUAAGUGACUUUAGAGGGUGCAAAGGACUGUGUAAAAUGUUAAAUGUUGCACUGCAGAAAACUGUACUUGCGCUUUCUGUGAUGAUACACUGAGAUAAGUGUAGCAGAGACAUACAGUAACAUCACAGGCAGAUGCUCAGACAAAGCUGUAUUGAAGCCGUAUAGAUAUAAUAGGUAUGGCAUUAUCUGUAUCUAACAAUUCCACAUAUUCCAUGUCCCCAUUAUACCACCCUUUGCCAAUUUUGUAGCGUUUAGAAUUGCCUUGAGAUCUUGUUGAUUAAAAUAUGAACUCACUAAUUUUA